CAUAUCCACUGGGGGAAGAAAGAGAUCUAGACAGAAAAUCCCGACUGGAUUAGCUACGGCACUGGUCAAGACUCCAGUUCCUUCGCCCAUCUGAGCUACACAGGAGGGUUUCUUACCCGUCCACCCUGCCCCCAUUUGCCAUGUCGCUGGUGGGAAGCCUGGGCACCAUCUCGGCCGCAGAAGCCCUCAUUGCCAUUGCUGUUUUCUGCCUGAUCUUCAUCGCUAUCAAAUCCCUCCGGACGCAGGUUCCACAGGGCCUAAAGAGUCUCCCAGGGCCAUGGGGCUACCCAUUCAUUGGCAACAUGUUGGAUCUGGGGCAGAACCCCCACUUGAGUCUGACGCAAAUGAGCCAGAAGUACGGAGAUGUGAUGAAGAUCCGUAUUGGCAUGAGGCCGGUGGUAGUGCUAAGUGGUCUCGAGACCAUCAAGCAGGCCUUGGUGAGGCAAGGAGGAGACUUCAUGGGCCGUCCUGACCUGUUCAGCUCCCGCCUCGUGUCAGGAGGCAACAGCCUGGCUUUCGGCACGGACUCUGGGGAGGUGUGGCAGAUGCGCCGGAAACUGGCCCAGAGUGCCCUCAAAAGCUUCGCUGCUUCCCCCAGCCCUGAUUCCUCCUCCACCUGCCUAUUGGAAGAGCACGUCUCCAAAGAGGCCAGCUACCUGGUGAUGAAACUGCAGCAGGUGAUGCUGGAGAAGAAGAGCCUCGACCCUUACCGCUACCUGGUGGUCUCUGUGGCCAAUGUCAUCUGUGCCAUUUGCUUUGGCAAGCGCUACAGCCACGAAGACGAGGAGCUGCUCAGCAUAGUGAAUGUGAGCGAGGAGUUUGUGGAGUUUGCAUCCUCCGGCAACCCGGCUGACUACAUCCCUGCCCUCCGGUACCUCCCGAGCAACAACGUGCAGAAGUUUAAGGCCAUCAACCAACGCUUCACCACCUUCCUGCAGAAGAUCAUCCAAGAGCACUACGAGAGCUUCAGCAAGGACAGCAUCCGGGACAUCACAGACUCCCUCAUCGACCAAAGCCAAGAAUACACAAAGCUUCAACUCUCAUCAGAAAAAGUAGUGUGCCUCGUCAAUGACAUCUUUGGGGCAGGGUUUGACACAGUGACCACAGCCUUGUCCUGGUGCCUCAUGUAUCUUGUUGUCUAUUCAGAAAUCCAAAAGAAGAUUCAGGAAGAAAUAGAUGAGAGCAUUGGCCGAGAGCGCAAGCCCCGGCUGUCGGACCGUCCCAUGAUGCCUUACACCGAAGCCUUCAUCCUGGAGGUGUUCAGGCACUCCUCCUUCCUGCCCUUCACGAUCCCUCACUGUACAACCAAAGACACCGUUUUGAAUGGCUACUACAUCCCAAAGGACCUCUGUGUCUUUGUCAACCAGUGGCAAGUCAACCAUGAUGAAACCCUUUGGGAAUCCCCUUCCUCCUUUAAGCCAGAGCGAUUCCUGACUGCCAACGGCAAGGGCGUCAACCGGGAUGAGAGCGAGAAGGUCCUGGCAUUUGGCCUGGGGAAGAGGAGGUGCAUUGGAGAGCCUCUGGCCCGGUGGCAGGUCUUCCUCUUCUUAGCCACUUUGCUCCAGCAGCUGCAGUUCAGUGUCCCGGACGGGGUGGAGGUGGACAUGACCCCUCGCUAUGGCCUCUCCAUGAAGCAUAAACGAUGCGAGCACUUCCAAGUAAAACGGCGCUUCCCACAGAGGAGCCAUGAGUGAACGGCAAAGACACAACUCCGUGUAAGGGGUGGGGAGCAACACAUCUGUCUAUGCCUGUGCACAGGCAUCUUGCAUCUAUUACUUAAAAACAAAAACAAAAAGCAAGCAAAGAUUAAUUAUGCUGGGG